ACACCACCACCACCACCUCCAUCUCUCAAGCCAACAAGCAUCCAUCCAUCCAUCCAUCGCCAAGCAGUGCGCCUGCCCGCAGCUAGCAAGCUCCCACCGGACCAACCAAGCCAGCCAGCCAACAAUGGCCCGCGCCGCUGUCUUCAUCGUCGCCCUCCUCCUGGUCGCCGUCGCCGUGGCGCCAUUCGCCGACGCCAAGGGCAAGAAGGCCAAGGCCGAGAAGAAGGCCGAAGCGCCGGCGCCCUCCGCCAGCGCGCCAGCCGACGCGCCCGCCGCCGACUCCCCAGCCUCCGAGCCCUCCGCUGCGGAUGCACCGGAGCCCAGCAGCAGCAGCAGCAGCACCUCCGACUGAUCGAUGACCGCCCGCCCUGCAUGCCCGGACGCCGGACAGAGAACGAUCCGUCUGGUGAUGAUGAACCGGAGCUCGCCCUUUCUCUGUUUGUAAUAAUGCAUGCGUGCUGAUCCACGCCGCCCCAUCCAAGAUUUUCUUUUCUUUUCUUUUCUUUUCUUUUUAUGGCAUUCUUUUCAGGGGAAUAGUUCGUCCCUGUUUAAUUUUGUUGAGAUCAAAUUUCCUCUUUCUUUUGCCAAUGUCAUGUACGUAGUUAUACUUGCCUCUCAACAUAAGGCUUGUUGUCAUCUUCAAUUCUAGCCUUGUACCGUGAAGCGAUUGUGAACAAUAAACAGAAAAUUCCCCACUUCUUUACAA